AUGACUCGGACGAAAUCUCUUCUCCUCCUCUCUUCUCUGCUGGUUACCUUCCUUUUGUUAGAUGUCUCCGCCGCGUGUGGUCAGGUGCCUGGGGGUUGGCAUCCGAUUUUCGAAGUCGACCCAGAAGUGCAGCAGCUCGGAUUGUUCGCGGUGUCCAAACACAAUUUACAGGCCAAAGCGCACUUAAAGUUCAAGUUUGUGAAUAAUGUCGAGAAGCAAGCAGUUUCGGGGAAGGAUUCGGCUACGAAUCAUCGGUUGGUAAUCUCGGCGGAAGACGGUGGCGUUAUUAACAAGUAUGUGGCAAUUGUAUGGGCUGAGCCUCCUUUUGAGCAUACUUAUAAGGUCAAGUAUUUCAAACCUAUUUGA